UUUCCGUUGCAAAAAUAAAGACAUAACUAAAUCCAAAGAAGGAAAUUUUUAGAGGUUUAGAGUUUAGAUCAAGAUUUAGGAUUUUUUUUCUUCCCCGCCAACAUCCCUUCUUCCACGUCUCUCUUCAGUGUUUGUUCUUCUUCUUUCCCCUUUCCAAUUACACCUUCAUAUUGGAAAUCGAACUUACAUCAUUACUGCCAGGUGAAUCGUACCAAGGUCGGACUUGAAAAUGGUUUCUGAAUUGAUAAAUGCGAACCCCGUUGUGUAUGAGAAGAAGGAGCGUCGAGCUAGGAUUGCUCCAAGUGUGGAUGAAUAUGCAGCUGAAACUAUCGACCAGCUAGAAAUUUUUGACUAUCUUAGAGAUAUAAAAGAUCCAGAGCAUCCCUAUUCUCUAGAAGAGCUGAAAGUUAUAACAGAAGAUGCCGUUGAGGUAGAUGACAAGCGAAGUUAUGUAAGGGUCACAUUCACGCCUACUGUGGAACAUUGUAGCAUGGCGACCGUUAUUGGAUUAUGCUUGCGUGUGAAACUUAUGCGAUGUUUACCUUCACGUUAUAAGGUGGAUAUUAGAGUAGCACCUGGGACUCAUGCUACGGAAGCUGCAGUAAAUAAGCAGUUGAAUGAUAAAGAACGGGUAGCUGCAGCAUUGGAAAACCCUAACCUUGUCGACAUGGUAGACGAAUGCCUUGCUCCAUCUCUUGAAUGAGGAAGUUUAGGCAGUUUUUUUGUUCUUUUUGAACAACUUUUCAUUGGUUUUAUUUAAUUAAUUGUAUUAAUAAGGUUGUUGUUUAGUGAAAUAACAAUGUAGUAGUUGACAUGAAAUAGGCUGUAUCUUUGUAAAGAGAUAUAUGCAGAGCAUUUAUAUCAUCA